UAAACCUCGAAAUGAUGGUGGAUGGUUUGGCGACUACAACAGUUUAGCCUUAUUUACGAUUGUUUAAUUUGCAUCCAGAAUUAUACAAGCAAUAGAAUAAAAAUGGCAGCAGCUGGAUUAUUCAACAAACCUUUUUUCAUCAGCUUGGAGGAGCUUUUGCCCAUAGAUUGCAUUGAAACAUUUGAUGAACUUUGUGAGUUCUACAUGUCUGAAAAGAAUACUGGUAUCGAUGCAAGGCUGAUGAUUAUCCUCUGUAAUAUGAUUAUCCUCUCUAAUACAUACAUGAGCUAUGAUCAAAAACGCAACACCCGGGUACAAAUUGUGGAUUUCUGGAAGUCUGUGGAUCAGCUUGGAUUACAUUACAUGUUCGUUCAGAAAGGAGUAUUGAUAUACAAACAGCCAUGGGUUCAAAAUAAUUGUUCAGCACGGUUCGACUUUCAUCAGGAGAUGAUUUCCUUCGAAAAUCAUGAUGCCCUGUUCAUGGAAAACCAGUGCUUCCCAUGGAAUACUGUUGUGGAAGCUUCGGAUCAGGCACAGGAUUGGAUCAGCCAAGAAAUGGUGAAGCCACAUGUCCGGGUGAUGAAGGAGAAGCUGAAUUUCACUGAUGUUCAGAUUGUAAAUGGUCUGCAGAUCCUUCGUGAAAGGGAUGAGGAGAUAACCUUCAUGGGCCUGUUGAACACCCUGGUACCUAUGGAGAAUGCUUUGUUGAAUGUGUACAUCGGGACAGGAAAGUUUGCAUUCUCUGCAGAUAUCAAACUUGUCCUCCGCCACUGUUAUGCUAAGUAUCACAGUGAACCGACCCAGGAAGAGUUUGAGUUAGAAUGGAACCGUAUCAAAGGUACUGGCAUAGAACACUUAAUGGAACAGGUUGAUUUAGAGAAAACAAGAGCCAACAGAACAGAGGAGGAGAAGAUGAGGGCAGAGGAGGAGAAGAUGAGGGCAGAGGAGGAGAAACUGGAGGCUUUGAACAGGGAGGCCAUACUAAAGAAAGAGAAGGAUGAUGAGAGGGCAAAAGCUGAAGCAGAGAGGGCAAAUGCUAAGGCAGAGAGGGCAAAAGCUGAAAUGUUAGAGAAGCAACUGGCAAAGAUGACAGCUCUUUUUGAAAAGGAAAAGGUUUAAACAACUUUUAUUACAGAUUCAACAAAUGACUGGAUGUGUGCGAGCGUGAUCUCUUUUUUGUGUGAAACUGGUAUGAAUGUUGUUUCUUCAAUAUUAGGAUACUAAAUCUAGCUCAAUACAGUAAAACACGUUUAGUACGAACACGCUUAUAGCAAUUUUAUGGAUAUUGCGAACUGAUCCCGAUUCCCCAGCUAUUCGCCCUCUUACUUCUAUGUAAUUCUGUAAUUAUAUUGCGAAUUUCACAUAGCGAAAUAUUGUCUAUAACGAACCAAUUUAGCGGUCCCAUCGGCUGAAAUUCCAUGUUAUUUUAACACUCUAGUACGAACCCAUCUCCGAAGUCGGAGUCAUGCCCUGGUGAUCAUGACCGUGUUAUCGAUAGUCACCCGAGGGCAUGUUUCAGGGUUUAUAGGUUUAUACGGCUAUUGAAUCGGUGAGUUAUGUUUUCGAUGUCUUCUGAAUAAAGUGAGUUGUUUUGUCGAUGUUUAUGCCAAGUUGUUAAUCCAUUCUUAGAUGUCUAAUUAGUGUACAGUACAUUGUUUCGCAAUGGCUUUGUCAUCAAGCGAUUAAGAGCUAGUGAAAACAAGACUUCCGGGGUAAAGGUCACCACGACCGAUUUCGUCAGUAUUGAGAACGUUUUGGACAGUAGGACGAGGAGAAAAUAGAGACAGAGGAGGGACAUUCCGUAAUCAGUGGUGCUACGGCGAGUGAUUAUUUACACGAGAUAAGCAAUUUUCUGAAUGAUACGUCAAAUCCUUUUAAUACUUUGUACACACUUGCCUGGCACGAAAAGUUUCGGCAGAAAAUUAUAACCGACUUAAAAUAAUUGAAUCGCUUUUAAUUUGUACUUGCUUGUAAUUUUAUCUUAAUAUUUUCAUACAGCCAGAUACCUAUAUAGGUCUCUGAUAUAGCGAAGUUUUUAGGAAAAAACAAUAAAAUUCGUAAUACACGUAAUACGAACUAUCGAUAUAACGAACUGAUUCAGUUGGUCCCCUGGGAUUCAUUAUAACCGUGUUUUACUGUAUAUCCUUGGAAUUGUAUAAGAGUCGAGUGUGGAAAGGUUCUGGAGGAGAGAGUUUGCUCAUCAAUUCAUUGGUUAUAAAUGUGAUACGAAUGAUAGCUUAUGGUAUGUCUGUGAUUCUCAUCGUUGUUACAUGAUGCAAUUUUUAUCUAUUAAAUAUACUGUAUAACUUUCUUAAUGUAUUUCCCAUCACAAAGACAGCUAAGAUUCAUUCAAGCCAUUGACAUUCAGAAUAUUUUCGAAAUAUUUUUUAUCUGUUAAUUAAAGGCUCUUUUUGACCUUUUAAAAUCAAAAUUAUUUUAAGAUAUAUUUUUGUUGUUUGAAGUUUUUGGUGUUGUGGAAGUAAUGAUCAUGGGGAUGGAUUUAGAUUUUGAAAGUUGUAAUUUCUUGUGGUAAAAGUUUCAAUUCUCAUGUAUAUUAUGAGGUGUAGAUUGAUAUUUUUAUUACUUGUACAAAUCUUAUGGCAGCAGUUCUGUUCAGUAAAAUUAGUAGACAACUCUUUAUGUAUCGUACAGGUGAAAAUUUAAUAAUGCAUUUCUUGUUUAUAUGUAGGUAUAUAUGUAUAUGUGUGUGUGUUUGUGAAUUUGUAUAUAAAAGUAUGUCAUAAUUAUGAUCAUCAUUUAUCGUAGAUUCAAUUAUUUUCCUCAUAUCUCGUUUCAUCUUUACCAUGAUAUUGUCGAUACAUAGGUGACCUCUGUUACCUGUGGCCACCAAAUAUGAAGUGCUAUGUUUGAAAUGUUGAUAUGUUAUUGUAUGUUAACUAUGAUAAAUUCUGUUUACACUGAACUACCGAGUACUACCAUGUAAUAUAUAUUGUUUUCUAAUAUACAAAUUUUGAUCAGUUACAAUGAAAAACAAAGGAAUUUUUUCAAUCUCCCCAGGACCUCCUUGUAAGCAAGUUUACCCUUAAUAUGGUAUAUUUUUAAACAAUGCAUAAAUUUAAUUUGAAGUAAGCUACAGAAUGGAUAUUAUAAGCCAACAUGUUUUCUCCUAUAAAAUUCUUUCCUCUAUUUUACUAAAAGGUGUGUUAUCACCAUGCACCCUUCAUUUGUUAAAAGUUUAUUUUUCUUUCCUUCUUGAGAUGUGCUGGACACAAAAAAAAUGUAUUCACAUCACGAUGAAAAUCAUUUAUUUUUUGGAAAUUCACAAUAAUUUUGCUAUUUGAUUAUUAUACAUCUUAGAUUCUGUUGUGUAUGUAGGUUUUCACAAUCAUGGUCUUUACAUGAAAUUGAAUAUGUCCCAUUUUCCAUUGUAUGAUGUAUGUAAUGUGUAUGGGUAGUAACUCUCCAUUGAUGUUUAAAUAAGAUCUGCUGAAGAAAUCAGGAAAUCAUGCAAUACACUGUAUAUGAAAUAAUUCUUAAAGCACAAUCGUUGAACCAUAUCCUCCUUCUGUUCUCAAUAUACUAAGGCAGCAAUAAGCUGUACAUCUCGCAACUGUACAGCACCAUUUAAUAUUAAUUGAGUUCAUGAAGUGUCAAGGCAGCCAAACACAUAAAAAUUACUUACCAGGUAUACCUGUAGUAGAGCUGCAAAAUUUCAAAUGAAAGAUACAUACACUUUAAAAUUAGAUUUUAAUUUGGAGAGAUGCUACUUUGAAUACCAUUGAUAUCGGUACCCUCUGUUACAUAUUUACUUGUUUGUAUUUAUGCAAUGAAUUGUAAUUAUAAUUUGAACUAUUUAGAUAUGAAUGAUAUAUUAAACUUUUUAUGUUAAUGAUUGAAAACUCUUAAGAGAUAUCAGGUUUUUUCUGUAAUUUAUGAGAUCAUUUUAGGUAAAACGAUCUAAAAAUUUUUUAUUGAAAAUCGUUGAAGAUUUUUAAAGUUAAAAUUAAUUUUCUGUAUAUUUACAAGAUAAUUUUAGAUGAGAUGUUGGUUUUAGCUGGUCUAGAUUGGUGAUGAUUGUUUAUAUGGCAGACAGUUGCUAUAUACAGUGUUACUUAAUGAAUUUAUAUAAUGUACAGAAAAUACCUAUAAAUUUUUAUUUGUAGUAUAUACACCUACAACAAAAUUUUAAAAUGUAAAUAUGGAUGAAAAUUGUUUCAAUUGAUCUUUAUAAAUUUGAAUUCUGGAUAUUUAUUAACUUUCACAUUGUCUGUUUUUGUUGAUAUCUUUGUUUUCAUUUCCAAAUUUGUCAUUUUUGUGUUUGUUUUCUCUAAUCUCUUUUGAAUGUGUCAGUUUUUUUCUAAGACUUUUUUGUCUUUAUUCCUUAGUGCUCUCCCUUUAUGUGUAUUGACUACAAUAGUGCAUUAUUACAUUACUUUGACAGUAAUGCUACUUGUCUUCAGGUUACACAACACCAACCGUUAGUUAUCUCUUGUGUAGUCUGUAAAGGUAACGAAACUCAUGUAUAUUUUACCUUUCAUGUAAAUAUUUUGCUAACGAUAUGGAAAUGUAUUUUGUGUAGAUAGAAUAUGAUGUAUACACUUAAUCAUGAAGUAUAGAUUAAAUGUGAAAUACUG